GUCCCGUGUCCGCCAAUCAGCGCACGACAGGAAAGUUUAAAUCGCCCGAACCGAGCAGAAGAACACACGGCACAUUUAUCCUCCUCCACUCCCUUCUGCUCCUCCAUUUGGCUCGUGCUGCCGCUAAAUUCUCCCCAGGGACUCGAGGAACACUGCUGGAGUACCAAGAUGCAGGCCACCACAGAGAUGCCCACAGCAGCCAAGCAGAUCACCAGCACCACCACAACCAACUGCAAUGCCCCAAGCAAGGACCAGAAGAAGUGGUCGCUGGAUAACUUUGAGAUUGGCCGGCCACUGGGGAAAGGGAAGUUUGGGAGUGUGUAUCUAGCGCGGGAGAAGGUGAGCAAGUACAUUGUGGCCCUCAAGGUGCUGUUCAAGUCCCAGCUGCAGAAGGCAAAUGUGGAGCACCAGCUGAGGAGGGAGAUUGAAAUACAGGCACACUUAAGACACCCCAAUAUUCUGCGCAUGUAUGGUUACUUCUACGACGACACUCGUGUUUACCUCAUCCUGGAGUAUGCGCCACGAGGGGAGCUGUACAAGGAGAUGCGGUCCCAGAACAAUGGCAGGUUUAAGGAGCCCAGAGCAGCGAAAUACAUCAAGCAACUCACAGAUGCGCUCAUAUACUGUCACGGCAAGAAGGUCAUUCAUCGAGACAUCAAGCCAGAGAAUCUUCUGUUAAAUCUCCGCGGUGACCUUAAGAUUGCUGACUUUGGCUGGUCUGUCCACGCGCCGUCCUCCAGACGCACCACACUCUGCGGCACGCUGGACUACCUACCCCCAGAGAUGGUGGAGGGCAGGGACCAUGAUGAGAAGGUAGAUCUGUGGUCACUGGGGGUCCUCUGCUAUGAGUUCCUGUGUGGCAGCCCGCCCUUUGAGACAGAGAAGAGCAGUGACACCUACUCUCGUAUCUGCAAGGUGGACAUCCACUUCCCCUCACAUGUGUCUGCCAGAGCUCGGGAUCUCAUUGUGAAGCUCCUCGGUACAACCCCAAGGACAGGCUGGCCCUACCUGACGUCCUGCAGCACCCUUGGAUCCUGGAGAACGUUAAGGAUUAAGUCAUUACUCUCUCUCCCUUAACACACACACACAUUCAUCUAUUCAACUUUUAUUUACAAUCUUUCCUUUUUCUUUCAGUAAUUCAUCUAAGACAUUCCUUCAUAUCCUGUGCUUCACCUCUCAGCUGUACAUAGCCACAUCAACACACACACACACUCACACAGACACACGCUUUAUAUCCUUUCAAGUGGUAAUAAUUAUGGACUACAAGCGUGUAGAGAUGAAGGAAGGAGUGUAUAUUUGUAUCUAUAUAUAUGUGGUGAUACUUGCUGCUCAGUCUCCAAGCCUUAGUUGUGAGUUGUGUGGGUGGGUACUGAGCAGGACUACUAGACUCGGUGAAUAUUACAACAUUGCAGUGAGGAUAAUUGCAAUAUCUCAUUCCCAUCUUUCCCAUGCUAUCCAUCCUUGCCUAUCUUUUUUUACAUUGACAUAUUUUUCUACUCUAAAUGAAUGAGUGAGGUGUGUGUGUUUUGUGUAUGUGUGUGUGUGAGGCAGCAAAAAACACCCAUUAUUCUCUUCCUCUUCCUUGUGUUACUGUUUCUCUGGCAAGUGGCAGGACAGGAACAGUGACUCCCUUCAUAGCCACUUUUCUGGUUUCAAUGGUGAUGUGGUGGUGUGGUGCAGUCAGAAGAGAUGCUUUAUGUUCUCCACACCUCACUGCAGUGUUGGAAUGUUCUGGUCAUUGUUAGAUCCAGUAUUGCUUUAUUUUGUGUGUCUUUACUGGUUUGUUUUUAUCAUUCUGGUUUUAUAGUUUGUCUUUAUUACUCUACAAGGGUUCUGAUUAACUAGUGACCAACUUUUUCUAGCCCUUCUAAUAUUCUCUUAAGCCAUCUCAUUUUUUCCCCUAAACUCUGCAAGAUCUGGUUAUUUUAUUGUCUUCGAACAAACAUGAUUUCUUAACCUUCUCUUUAGUGAGUGUUGGUGUAAAUCCCUCCACUGUUCCUACACCAGUCUUCACUGACAAACCAACAAAUGUCAUCCUUCCAUUGUUCUAUCUCCCGUAAGAUUUAUUAAGCUUCUUUUAUUCCUGCGCUAACUUUGUGCUUCAAAAUAAUAAUUAUUAUUAUUUAUUUUUUUAGAUAAGCAUCGUUGCAAGAUUGAUUUAGUAUUAUUUAUGACUCUAACGUUAGGUUUAGUCCGUCGCUGAUGUGUCACCACUUCAGCCUUAACCAUUGUGUUACUGAGGCCACAUGUGUUUCAUUAGAGUUAAGUCUCUUGGCAAGCUGUACAUAGUCCCUCUCGGCACCUCAGGACAGUAAGGCACCGAGGCAGCCAUCCCAUCCCUUAGUUAUGUAGAGUUAUUUUUAUAGAUCAAGGCAGAGAUGAAUCUGUCCUUGUGUUGCUCCAUUCUGCCGCGUCUGUUGGCGAGAAGACUUCAAAAUAAAGAAGUUAUUGUCCAUACUAAA